AUGAAGAUCGUGCGCCGCAGAGACGAGCCCGGCGCCGCCGCGCCAGCGGCCGCCACAAAGCCUGCCGCGCCCGCGGCGGCGGGCGGCAUCACGCCGAAGGUCCUGGUGCGCGCCGCCGCGCCAGCCAAGGUUUCAAAAGAAGAGGAGGACAGCCGGAAGGUUGCCCAGCUGCUGGGCAAGCUCAGCCUGGACGGCGCCUGCGACGGGGCGUCCGACGUAAAGGCGGCGGUGGCCGCCAGCGGGUUUGGGCCGCUGCAGGCGGCGGGUUUGAUCGACCGCCUGGCGGCAUCCCUUGACAGCCCCGACCCCGACGCCCGCGAGGCCGCCCUGCUCGCGAUCGCCCAGCUGCCCGCCGCCACCGGCCGCGCCGCGGAGCCCUACCUGCUGCCCCUCGUCCCCUCGAUCCUCGAGCGCGCGACCGACAAGGCCGCGCCCGCGCGCGACGCCGCGGCGGCGGCGGGCGCGGCCGUCGCGCGGUCGCUCUGCCCGCACGCGGCGGAAAUGGUGCUGCCGGUGCUGUUUGAGCACACAGACCCGCUUAAGAAGUGGCAGGUGCGGGAGCUGGCGCUCAAGAUGCUCGCGGCCGUGUCGGAGGUGGCGCCUAGGCAGGUGGCCGCCCGGCUGCCGGAGAUCGUGCCGCUGAUCGCGACGCUCAUGGUCGACGCCAGGGAGCAGGUCAAGGCUGCGGCGGUGGAGGCGGGCACUGCGAGCUACCACCUCGUGGGGAACAGGGACAUCGAACACCUGGUGGACGACCUGCUGCACUGCGUGGCGCGCCCUGAGGAGGUGACCGACGUGGUCGUGAAGCUCAGCGCCACCACGUUCGUGCAGGCGAUCGAGGCGCCCGCGCUGGCGGUGAUGGUGCCGCUGCUGAUCCGCGGCCUGCGGGAGUCGACCCCGAUCCAGCGCAAGUGCUGCGUCAUCACCACCAACAUGGCCAAGCUGGUCAACAGCCCCCUGGACGCGGCGCACUUCCUGCCAGCCCUCGUGCCAGGCGUGGAGAAGGUGGCGCGCAUCGCGGCGGACCCUGAGCUCCGGGAGGUGGCCAGCGGGGCGCUGGUUGUGCUGGAGCGGAUCGUGAAGGAGGCGAGCGCGAUGCACAAGGAGACCAAGGCGGCGGCCGCGGACAAGGAGGAGACGCGUAAGCAGCUGGCGGCGACCAUCGCGCUCACAAACCCUAGCCCCGUCGACGGCCCCGUUCUGUCGCACGUCGCGACGCUCUGCUGCGCGCUGAUGGACGGGCGCAUCUUCGAGUUUGAGGAGUGGCGGGACUGCCUGGUGCCCUACCUGGCGCCCACCUUCAUGGACGAGGCCGCCGCAGAGGCCGCCUGCCGCGCGUUCAUGGCGCAGUGCAUGGCGAAGAUGCGGGAGGAGGGGGCGAUCGAGGACCUGGGCUGGGAGAACGAGGGCGACGACGCGGAGCACCAGGAGCUGUGCAACUGCCGCUUCAGCCUGGCGUACGGAGGGAAGAUCCUGCUCAACAACGCGUGCCUGCGCCUGCUGCGCGGCCGCCGCUAUGGCUUGUGCGGCGCCAACGGCGCGGGCAAGUCCACUCUGAUGCGCGCCAUCAGCCGCGGCCAGCUGGACGGCUUCCCGCCGGCGUCCCAGCUCAAGACGAUCUACGUGGAGCACGACAUCCAGGCGUCCCUGGCGGACCUGUCUGUGCUGGAUUACGUCGCGGCCGACCCCGAGAUCCAGAAGACCGGCAAGGGCCGCGCCGACGUCGAGGCCGCGCUCGCGUCCACCAACUUUGAUGCGGAGAUGAUGGCCAAGCCCAUCACGGGCAUCAGCGGCGGCUGGAAGAUGAAGCUCGCGCUGACCAGGGCCAUGCUGCUGGGCGCGGACAUUCUGCUGCUGGACGAGCCCACCAACCACCUCGACACCACCAACGUGGCGUGGCUGGAGGAGUGGCUGGUGUCACAGAAGGACGUCACAGUCAUGACCGUCUCCCACGACAGCGGCUUCCUCGACAAAGUCUGCACGGACAUUAUCCACUACCAGCAGCGCCAGCUGCGGCGGUACCGCGGCAACCUCUCGGAGUUCGUCAAGGCGGUGCCGGCCGCCAAAAGCUACUACGAGCUUGAGGCCGCCAGCCUGCGCUUCAGGCGCGCUUUGACCGGGGAGAAGCCCAUCAUCAAGCUGGACAAGGUGCAGUUCACCUACCCUGGGGCGCCCCGCCCCCAGAUCUCCAACGUGCACGUCAUGUGCCGCCUCAGCAGCCGCGUGGCCGUGCUCGGCGUCAACGGCGCCGGCAAGUCGACCCUCAUCAAGAUCAUGACGGGAGAGAACAAGGCAGACACCGGCAGCCAGGCGCGUGCCGCGCGCGGCGCCCGAGAGCGCUUCGGCCGGGCUGCUGCUGCGAUACAGAGUGGGGCCCGCGGCUCCGCGGCCCGGGCCUCGCCCGCGCUACCGAUCCGGCCCGGCAGCACAAUCCGUGCACGCGCCACCCCCCACGCUCGCGACCUGGCCCCGAGCGUGUGGCGGCACCCCAACCUGCGGCUGGCGUAUGUGGCGCAGCACGCGUUCCACCAUCUGGAGGAGCACUUGGACACCACACCCCUCAAGUACAUGUUCCACAGGUGA